UCUAGAUUUAAAGCGAAUUUAAUAAGUGUGUGAGCAUCACCAGAUCAAACUCGAGAUACCCCCAGAGAGAGGAGAGGAACUUGCGGAGAAGAUGGAGAUGAAGAUGCGCUGUGUGUGCUUGGUCCUGGGGCUGGUCCUGCUGAUGACCGUCUCCUCAGACAGUGAACCUCAUGGUGAUGGCCAUCCUGUUGAGUGCUGUUUCAGCUUCAGCGAUAUUAAAAUUCCCCCCAAACGAAUCAUAAAAGUGGAAAAAAUAUAUUUUGACUGCCCAAAGCCAGGCUACAUUGUUACUACGGUCAAGAACAAGUUCUGCAAGCAUGACAUAAAGGAAUUGACCAUUUGAAGACUAUAUUCCAGCACUGCAGCUUCUAUGUAACCCAAAUGCAACAUCUAAAGUGCAUGAAAAGUUGAUUUGCUCCUAUAUUCACCAUAUUGUGAAUUAUACUAUCGAUGCUUUUUACUGCUGUGGAUCCAAAUAACAGAAUAAAAUGAUGCAAGUGAACCGUU